GUCAGCUGGAUGGACGGCGAGAGUUUCCCUCACGGUGUGAAGAUUAAUGGAAGGGCUCUGUUGAUUUUAGGUGCUGGCUGUUAGACGGUCGGUCUAGGGGGAACCGUCGUGCUUGGCCUGGCUUCGGAGAGAUUGUGGAUGAUAUAGGAAAAGGAAUCAUCUGGACAACAUAUUUAUUAGCCAUAUCUACACAGAAAAGGCGGCCUGCCUAUAUCAAGCGUCUUGUUUGUUAAGGCCACUGAGUAACGACUGCGAGGGACACUAACAGCUAGCUCGGUUACACAUACUGAAAAAAGGAGCGUUGAAAGCGGCUUUUUCUUUUCCCGGACUGUCUUUGGACGUAUUGAACCUUCAUUUGCAGAUAUUGUACAAUAGAGCGAUUUUCUGGAUCGCCUGUGGUGGACUGGUGUUUGACAGGCUACCCAGCUAACACCCACUAGCCUAGCCUAGCAUAGCACAGCAUAGCCUGCUAGUUUAGCCAUUUGUAGCCUCCGACUUGAGGCUUUGGGAGUUCUGCAAAACUGACCGACAACAGGGGAAUAUAAUUCGACGUCUUUCAACAAGAAUGAUAACGACAAGCUAGAGGACCACCGAUAGCUUCAUCGAGCCCGGAGAAGGCAAUUCAAUCGCAGUCAACCACUUCUACGGGAGUAUAAAAAAACAAGUCGCUCCCAACAACAGGACUCUUGACAGGGCUGCCAUCAUGGGCAACACGCCCACCGCAAAGAAAGGCAAUGAGAUGGAGAGUGUGAAGGAGUUUCUUGCCAAAGCCAAAGAAGAUUUUCUUAAGAAAUGGGAGAAUCCAGCACAGCAAACCGCAGCUUUGGACCACUUUGACCGUAUAAAGACUUUAGGCACCGGUUCCUUUGGCAGAGUCAUGCUGGUUAAGCACAAAGAGUCAGGCCUGCACUUUGCAAUGAAAAUACUUGACAAACAAAAGGUGGUGAAGCUGAAGCAGAUUGAGCACACACUGAAUGAGAAACGUAUCCUGCAGGCAGUUAACUUUCCUUUCCUUGUGCGACUGGAGCAUUCUUUUAAGGACAACAGUAAUCUCUAUAUGAUAAUGGAGUACGUUCCCGGAGGUGAAAUGUUCUCACAUUUGAGGAGAAUCGGUAGAUUCAGUGAACCACACGCCCGCUUCUAUGCAGCACAGAUUGUACUGACCUUUGAGUACCUUCACUCGCUGGACCUCAUCUACAGAGAUCUGAAGCCAGAGAACCUGCUCAUCGACCAGCAGGGUUACAUCCAGGUUACAGAUUUUGGCUUUGCGAAAAGAGUGAAAGGUCGAACCUGGACCCUGUGCGGAACCCCCGAGUACCUGGCACCAGAGAUCAUCUUAAGUAAAGGCUACAAUAAAGCUGUAGACUGGUGGGCUCUGGGGGUGCUCAUAUACGAGAUGGCUGCUGGGUAUCCCCCCUUCUUUGCAGACCAACCCAUCCAAAUUUAUGAGAAGAUUGUAUCAGGAAAGGUCCGUUUUCCCUCCCACUUCAGCUCGGACCUGAAGGACUUGUUGAGAAACCUGCUGCAGGUGGACCUCACCAAGCGCUUCGGCAACCUCAGGAAUGGCGUCAACGACAUCAAGGGCCACAGGUGGUUCACCACCACCGACUGGAUCGCCAUCUAUCAGAGGAAGGUUGAAGCCCCCUUCAUCCCCAAGUGCAAAGGCCCCGGCGACACCAGCAACUUUGAUGACUACGACGAGGAGGAGAUCCGAGUGUCCAUCGCUGAGAAGUGCGCCAAGGAGUUCGCCGAGUUCUAAGUUCCAUUGCAGAUUUAGAUUGGGGGAGGGGCAGUUUGGGGGGAGGGUGUCGAUUGGACUGCUUAUUUGUGUUACAUGCCUCCCCCCCUCCACCCGCCGCCGCCCCGCAGCAACAUCCCCGCCUCCUGACGGGAGAGGCGCGGUCAAGCAGCGAGGAAAGAUCCAACAGAACCAGCAGUGUUGCCUUCUUAUGUUUUUUGUUUCUCAGCUGUUACCUGUUCACCCCUUCAUCCCCACUCGCCAACCGCGUCAAAGGUCCUUCAGCUAAACUCGUAUCUCGGUGGUCGUCGCACGUCGGCGAGGCAGCCAUGUCGUUAAGGUACCCUUUUUGGAUUGUUGUGUCUUGUUGAUGACCUCUCAGCGCCUCUCCCAUCCCGAGCAAUACCGAGUCCAACAGAUGUGCCUAUCGCCGUGCCAACCGGCGCUGAGCUUUAGUCGCUACAUGUGAAAAAGAUUUAUCAUAUUUGCAAUUUUUGGGGGGCAGGGGGGUUGCAUCUAAUGUCCCCGCCUCAGCUAACUGGUGAUCAUUUUGUCCUUUUUUUGUGUUAUUUAGUGUUGGGUUAAAAGAGAGUGCAUAGCCACACUUGUGAGUCUUAUUUAAUACAUGUAAUACACUUUACACAGGUGCAUCUCAACAAACUGCAAUAUAGAAAAAGCUAUUUGAUUCCAUGAUUUCAAAUCAAACUAAGGUUUUUGCAGUUAUUUAGCUGAUUAGAGCGCCAAUCAGUAGUUUUCGCAAUUUUUCAAAUUUUAUUAGAUGCUGAAUUUGGGGUCUUCAUUAACUCUAGACUAUAAUCAUCAAAAUUAUUAAAUUAAGAAAUACAUUCUUGAAAUAUUUAAUUUCAUGCGUAGUAAGUUAUAGAAAUGAGCUCCUGAACUAAACAGAUGUACUAAUUUAUUGAGAUGCACCUGUGUACACAUGAGAGAAAAUGAAGAAUCCAUCCAUUCGUAGUCAUCAUGGUUUGGCAUCGCUGGGAGUUUAGAAGUGAAGUUAAGUUCUGCCCAGUUUGCAAACGUCAUCACAAAGUUUUGUAUAUACUGCGUCAUUUGUGUGCAACCUGGGGCCCAUGGGCCAUAUACAGUAUAGCACACAAGAGAACAUUUAGUCCGGCCUGCCAUGCAAUUCUAAUUCCUUUUCCCCCUCGUGUAUGUGUAUGGUUGCGCCCUCUGAUUUAAUUUAGAGGUGUCGAGUUAAAAAUCUCCCUAUUUAUUUUCAUUUUGGUUGCAAGACAAUCACAGACCAAUGCUGAUCUCUGGUUUGUGGACUCGAUUCUGUAUUUACACUUUUUUUCUUGAAGGUCGUACACUUGCGCCUGACUUCCUCCCUCCCGUCCCCCGUCACACUCUUACACCCCCUCCCCACAUGAGGCCCGAGGUGCUAGACUUGGUGCCCGAGUGUUUUUGAUGUGACGCUCCCAUUUUUUUUCUUUAAAAAAAACAAAAAAAUGUGAUUCAUGUCAGUGCAGGCUCCAGUUAAUUAAUUUAAAUGUAAACGCUGAAUUACUUUUUUUUUUUCCUUUCUUUUUUUUUGAUGUCUUGACGUGGCCGUUGAAUGUGUUCUUUUUUCUUAACCCGGUGAUCUUAUACCAAACGGCAAGCUAAUUCCCACACUCUGACCUGUCAUCAUUCUGCAACAGUUUGUGCCCUUUGACCUUUUCAUUGAGUCAAAGCAUCGCAUUAAAGAAUGGAUCUCCAACACAUGCAUUGUGUUGACUAGAGCACAUGUAACGUGGUUCCAUAGCAGUGCUUUUAUUUUUGCGUCCUACAUGCCUCUUUGUCAUUUAGCUUAAUUUGUUUUAUUAUAUAUAAAUUAUAUAUAUCAGAAACUAAAAUAAGUGAUCACGGUAUAGUUUUUCUCCUGUCUUUGCCUUCUUCUAACAUCGCAACAUUCAAACAUAACACUUUUUACAUCCGAGACGUUUUAGGUUCAUAUUUUCUAAUUGUAUUUUCAAAAAAAACAAAAAACAAUUCAAAGAUUAAAAAAAAAAAAAAACAAUAAAAAAAG